AUGGCGCUACCCACGUCAGAGCUCUUUGAUCGGUACCAUUUCAGCGACAUCCUUGGAGAGGGCCAGUCUGGCCGCAUUUGGCGCUGCCAGGAUAGAAUAACGGGGGAAACGCUUGCAUGCAAGCAGGUCCGCAAACGCGGAAUGUCACACGUGGAGCUCGCUGAUUUGCGGAGAGAAGUCCAAGCGAUGCUGAUUCUCCGGGGGCACCCGAACGUACUGUGCUUACGUGGACUUUACGAAGACGACAAAGCGGUCUACAUGAUAACGGAGCUGUGCGCGGGCGGCGAUCUCUUCGCGCUUAUAGCGGAGCACGAGGGCCUAGAGGAGUCCGUCGCGGCGCGGCUGUUCGUGCAGUUAGCAAGGGCUGUGCGGUGGUGUCACAUCAACCGCGUCGUGCAUCGGGACAUCAAGCCUGAAAACAUUCUUAUCGUUCCGCCGGCGGCGGCAGCCUCUCCGGCAAAGUGUGGUUCUAAGUCCCGCUUUUCCGACCCGUCGUCCCCCUCUUCCUCCCCCGCUUCUCCCUCCUCCUCGGACGGCGACGCGACGGAAAAAAACCAACGUUUGGAAGAGUUGCAACUGCGGCUCGCCGACUUCGGACUGGCGUUUCCGUUACAGCCAGGUUCGGCUAUUAUCGGGGCGGCGGGGAGUGCGCCGUACGAAGCGCCGGAGGUCCUCGCGCACGAGCCGUACAACUACUGCGCGGAUAUCUGGUCGCUCGGCGUGUUGCUCUACGCCAUGCUCUCUGCGAACUGGCCGGCUUUUCCCGAUGACAAUCGCAAACUCCUGCCGUCAGAUCUGCUACCGAAACCGUGGCCGUCGAUUUCGUUCGAAGCUAAGGAUUUAAUCCGGCGGAUGCUAACGGCAGAUCCGAUGGACAGGAUUGAUAUUAUCGGCGUCUUGGAGCAUCCAUGGCUUAAGAAGCAGCUCGCUCCCCCUCGAGAUGACGGGGUGGAUGAGGAAAGCAAAAUCUCCAACGACCAGCCUGAUAGUGAGGGUGAUUUCCCCUCCCCAUCUUCGCUGCCCUCUAAAACUUCUGAUGAAGCCUCAAAUUCAACAGAGUCGCCUUCAUCUUCUGGAAGAGGGUGGUGUGAGGCCUUUGAGCAUGGAGACAAGGAGAAGGAUGGAUUGUACUCCAACGACGACGAUGAGGAUGCAGCAGUGCGUGUUCCUGACGCUGUCACUGAUUUCCGCCUAGAAACUGCCGCUGGAGAGCUUUAUUCCUUUUAUAGGCUGCCUCUUUAUAAGAAAUGGAGCUCUUCUUUGUUGAAGGAGUCAGUGUAUCUGCGUGGGAAGGAUGCGAAUGGGGGAGCACCAGUUUUUGUUGAUGUGGGGGCUUGGCGGGUAGUGGUGAAGGUAGAUUCGGUGAAGGUUCAGGUGCAGGCUCGGCAUGGGGAAAAGUGGGUUGAAGUUCGGAAGCCGAGCCUGGGUUACGCAUCCGGGAGGCUGGGUUCGGAGAUAGGGUGGGCGCAGUGCUGCGUGCGUUUCCAUCCUGAUUGGUCGGAAGGUGAGGUGAAGCAGUUUCUGCGGUCACACAACGUUGAUUUGGAGCGGCUUGUAAAGUGGAUGGAUUUGCUGGGAGAUUUUAUUCAGGAUGACGUGGCACUGAAAAAUUCCAGAUUGGAUAGAGGAGGAUCGGGUAAGGCAGGAUUGGACAGAGCAGGAUCCGGUAAGGCAGGAGUGCUGAGAAAGAAGAGGCGCGUGGCGAGGUUCUUGGAGGAAGAAGAGGAGGAUGAAGAGGAAAAGGAUCGAAGGUUCAUUGCUUCAGACGAUGAGGACGAGGGUGAGAUGGAUGUGGGUGGGGGUGUGGGUGGGAGCAGAGGAGGAGGAAGGGGAGGAGACGCGCGGUACAGAUCGUGGAAGGAAGGAGGAGCAGAGGAAGGUGUGGAGGAAGGUUCGGAGGAAGGUGCGGAGGAAGGUGCUGGGUUAUACGGCGAAGAGGAAGAGGAGGAGGAGGAUGAGCAGGUGGCAGGGUGGGACAGCGUGUGUUAUAUCUGUGAUGAUGGCGGUGACUUGGUGUGCUGUGAUGGCCCGUGUAUGCGCUCUUUCCAUGUGGAGCCUGACGAUGAGGAGGAGAAGCGGAGGGAUAAGUUCCACUGCCCGACCAUUGGGCUGACGGACAGUGAGGUGCAUGAGAAGGAGACCUGGCUGUGCCCGAACUGCGAGGCGAAGCAGCACGUGUGCUUUAUUUGCCACCAGCUCGGGCGAUCGGAGCCGGUUUUGGGUGGGAGUUCGGGGGCGGAUGAUGGGGGGGAGGGCGCGGAGCAGGGGCAGCAGGGGCAGCAGCAGCAGGUGCUGCAGGAGCAGGAGGUUUUUAUGUGUGACGUGGCGCUCUGUGGGCAUUUCUACCACCCGACAUGUGUCGCGUCGUGGUUGGCCGAUUCGAAGAAGCUGCCCCAGGGCAGCGAGGAGCGAAUCAAGGAGUUGGAAACAGUCGCUGGGAACAUCCGGGCAGGGGCUGGGAUGAGUGAGCGGGCAGCUGCUGGUGACGCAGGUGCAGCAGUGUCGGCCAGAGCAGGUGCUAAAGGGGAAGAUAGGGUGAUGGGUUCUGUAGAGGAGGAAGGAGCAGGAGCGGCAGGGGAGAAGGGGAAGGGGAAGAAGCGGACGUGGAUUGAGAGGGAGAGGGAGGAGAGGGAGGCGGCUCUGAGGGCGAUGGAGAGCAUAGGAGGCAUUCAGAGUCGCAAGGGGGGGCUCACUCACAAGGAGAUGGCGCAGAGCUGGAACAAAGGCAAGGCCCCGCGGCACAUGUUCCAGUACCCCUGCGAUUUGGACGCGUCCAGGGCCCGCCUGAGCAAGAUAUUCGAGGCCGCAGCGAAGCAGGUCACGGAACAGACGGCCAAGGCCGGCCUUGCCGUCCCGUGCAUGUACCAGCACUGCCACAACAACGCGGGCUCCGGCUUGGGCGGCAACGCGGGCGGCAACAACAGCAACAACAAUCAGGGCGGCAACCCUCGGAAGAUAUCGCUGAGCAAGCUCGAGUCGAUCCUCCACGCAGGGGAGAAGGCUCGGAAUUUUCUUGUCAAGGAGUUGGAGCAAGCAGGGUUCUUGUCAGCCCAAGCACUGCAGCAGGCAAUGGGGCUGUGCCCGAAAAUGCAGCUCCAGCAGCUGAAUGUGAUCGGGAGCACUCUCCGUGUGUACCUCUCCCCGUACGUGCACGGGCAGAGGUAUACGUCUUUCGGGCGGCAUUUUACGAUGCCCGAGAAGCUUAACGAGGUAGUGGAGCGGCUGGUGCCUUAUAUGGAGGAUGGGGAUGUGCUGGUGGAUUUCUGCUGCGGGGCGAACCACUUCUCGCUGAUUGCACGGCAUCGGUUGGAGGAGGCGGGGAAGCGGUGCGGGUUUGCGAAUUUCGACAUCAUGCGUCCUCCUAACGAGUUCUGCUUCGUCAAAAGAGACUGGUUCUCUGUCAAGCAUCGCCUGGAAGAGGCGGGGAAGCGGUGUGGGUUUGCCAAUUUUGACAUCAUGCGUCCUCCCAACGAGUUCUGCUUCGUCAAGAGAGACUGGUUUUCCGUCAAGACCAAGGUGGGUGGUGCUGGUGGGGAUUGGGAGGUAUGGUGUGGGGAUGAGGCAUGGUGUGGGGAUGAGGCAUGGUGUGGGGAUGAGGCAUGGCAUAAGAACCAGCAAGGUAAUCGCCCCAUCAUGGGCCUCAACCCGCCCUGCGGUGUGCUAGGGCAACUCGCCUCGAUGUUUUCGGGCCGUUGCGCCUCUGACUUACGACCCAAGGUCAUCAUUCUCAUCCCUCGCCUCUUUCGUCCCACGCCCGUACAACAGAGGAACCAACUCCCCCAUGGCGAUCGCCUCAUCAUGGGCCUCAACCCGCCCUUCGGCGUGCGAGGGCAACUCGCUUCGAGUUUUUCGGGCCGUGCCGCCUCCGUCUACCGACCCAAGCUCAUCAUUCUCAUUGUCCCCCCGGAGACGCGACAGCUGGGCCCACUUGGGUAUACGCUACUGUGGAAGGACGAGACGAUUUUUGAGAAUCGCGCGUUCUACUUGCCAGGGUCGCAUGAUAAGGACAACAAGACGAUGAAUCAAUGGAAUAAUAUCCCUCCGCCCUUAUACCUCUGGUGCCGCAACGACCUCGUCCACCGCUACGGUCCUUUGGCGGACCGUCUCGGGCACACAAGAGGCCUCUUCUCUUCUCCACGGCCCAUGCCUCCCUCGUUGCUUGCAGAGCUCAAAGUUGCAACCUCCAUCUCCACCACAGGUCUGGACCCUGCUUCCAUCGCUGCUGCUAAAUCGCAAGCUCUGAUACUCCUCGGACCUAACAUCUGGGCUCGGGCUGGCUGUGGCUUGGCCGAGGGAAGAGCUUCGGGAGAUGAUGUUGGUGGGGCUAUGGUGAGGGGCGUGACAGGGGCGGGCAUUAUGGUAGGGAUGGCGGGCGCAGCGCAGAACGAGGGGCCGAUGUACGAUGCGAGGGAGCGUGAUCAGCGGCUGUACAUGCGCGGUAGGGAUGUGGAUGGGAGGGAGAGAAGGGAGGAGGGGUAUGAGGGGCGGAGCGGUGGGAGGAGAGGAGAGGAGGCGUGGAACGAGCGUGGAGAGAGAGGGUAUCGAGAGGCGGAGGAGAGGGGGCAGAGGGGGCGGGACGAAGGGGUUUACAGGGGGAGAGACGAAGGGGGUGACAUGGAGGAAGGUCGCAUUCUCGCCAACGCAGCAGCAGCAGCAGCAGCAGCAGGAGGAGAGUUUGCCAGCCCACAAAUGCAAUCUCUCGCUCUCCCCCCUCCCCUCCCUACACCUACCCCAUUCCCUCUCGUUCUCGACCUCACCCAAGGCCCGCACCCCCCCAUGUUCAUCUGCUCUCAGAACUCCCUCUCAGGCGCCAUCCGGGUCCCCAUCUCAUUCGGCGAGCCCGUGGGGGGUGCGCUCUCUGCAGCCAACAGUGUUCUCUUGGGCGGUCAGGGCGUGCAAGGGAGAGUGGUGUCUGCCGUGCCUCCUGGGUUUGGCCCGGACGAAGGGCAGCACGAGGGGAGAGUGGUGUCUGCUGUGCCUCCUGGGUUUGGGCCGGACGAAGGGCAGCAGGCAGGCUUUCUGUUUGCUGGAGAAGGAGAGAGUGGCUUGAGGCAGCACGAGGUGAGUGCGAUGCAGAGGAAGGCAGGUGAGGGUGUGAGGCAGAGGGAGGCAGGUGAGGGUGUGAGGCAGAGGGAGGCAGGUGAGGGUGUGAGGCAGAGGGAAGCAGGUGAGGGUGUGAGGCAGAGGGAGGCAGGUGAGGGUGUGAGGCAGAGGGAGGCAGGUGAGGGUGCGAGGCAGAGGGAUUUGGGCAGCUAUUUAGCUUGGAAGGAGAAGAUUGAAUGGGCAGCAGGAGGAGGUGAGUGCACGGGUGAGUGUGAACUGGUGGGGUGGGUCAUGGCAGGCAGGCCGGUGGAUGAACUGGUGGGGUGGGUCAUGGCAGGCAGGCCGGUGGAUGAACUGGUGGGGUGGGUCAUGGCAGGCAGGCCGGUGGAUGAACUGGUGGGGUGGGUCAUGGCAGGCAGGCCGGUGGAUGAACUGGUGGGGUGGGUCAUGGCAGGCAGGCCGGUGGAUGAACUGGUGGGGUGGGUCAUGGCAGGCAGGCCGGUGGAUGAACUGGUGGGGUGGGUCAUGGCAGGCAGGCCGGUGGAUGAACUGGUGGGGUGGGUCAUGGCAGGCAGGCCGGUGGAUGAAGGUCCUCUGACAUCUGCUUCUGCCUCUGCUGGCCGUUUUUUCGAGUUCUGCUUGGAAGGGUAA